UUUGAGUGUAAACAUCCUGUGGAUUUUAAAAAGGGCACCGCUGAGCGGGAGGAAGGCGACUGGCGCCAUCUUUACUGUUUUAAUGAGUACAACAGGGUGGAAGUCGCUUGGAGAAAUAACAUAAUCUGGGGAGUUUCACUCACAAGCGCUGUACUGUUGGUGAACCUACGCCAUUGUGAGUCUGUGAGGCAGUCGAACCAGGGCAAUGUUCUACGCCCAUUUUGUCCUCAGCAAACGUGGGCCGCUGGCCAAAAUCUGGCUGGCGGCCCACUGGGACAAGAAGCUGACCAAGGCUCAUGUGUUUGAAUGUAACUUGGAGAGUAGUGUGGAGAGCAUCAUUUCACCCAAGGUGAAGAUGGCAUUGCGUACAUCAGGUCACCUGCUUCUCGGGGUGGUACGAAUCUACCACAGGAAGGCCAAAUACCUUCUGGCUGAUUGUAAUGAAGCCUUUAUCAAAAUCAAAAUGGCUUUCAGACCAGGUGUGGUAGAUUUGCCUGAGGAAAAUAGAGAGGCAGCAUACAAUGCCAUCACCUUACCUGAGGAGUUCCAUGACUUUGACCAACCGCUUCCUGAUCUGGAUGACAUUGAUGUGGCCCAGCAGUUUACCCUGAACCAAAGCAGAGUGGAGGAGAUUACCAUGAGGGAGGAUGUUGGCAAUCUCAGCCUUUUGCAAGACAAUGACUUUGCUGACUUCGGGAUGGACGACCGAGAGAUGAUGCGUGAUGCCAGCACGUUUGAGGAAGACAUCAUGCAUGGUGCCACGGCCUCUAACCUUUUGCUAGAGGCUGAGCCUGGUCCAGCUAAUCUGCCCGAUAAAUCCAACCACAUGGAGUAUGAUGACUUUGGUGAUGCCUCCAUGGGCAACAGUGAUGGAGGGAUGUUAGUGGAUAAAUUGCUCAGCUCUGAAGAUGGAGGUGGCAUUUUUGACGACCCUCCAGCCAUCACUGCGAGUGUCAUGAUGCCUCCCGAUCAUGGAGACGACGAGGAUGAUUUUGACAACCUCCAGUCACCGGGUCCAGACAGCCCUGACUCUGGUCCAGCAGAGCCUCUCCCAGCCAUGGCUGACCAAACCGAACAGACCACUCUUGUUCAUAAUGAGGAGGAAGCUUUUGCGCUGGAACCCAUCGACAUCACUGUAAAAGAGACCAAGGCCAAGCGUAAGAGGAAACUGAUUGUGGACAGUGUGAAGGAGUUGGACAGCAAAACCAUCAGGGCUCAACUCUCCGACUACUCAGACAUUGUUACAACCCUGGACCUUGCACCUCCCACGAAGAAACUGAUGAUGUGGAAGGAGACCGGGGGAGUGGAGAAGCUCUUCUCUCUUCCUGCUCAGCCUCUUUGGAAUGCCAGGCUGCUCAAGAUGUUCACACGUUGCCUGACACCACUGGUGCCAGACGAAUUGAGGAAGAGGAGAAAGGGUGGCGAAGCGGACAGUUUGGAUGAAUUCCUCAAAGAGCUGGAAAACCCUGAGGUGCCCAGAGAGGAUGUUAUGGGUCAGCACAGAGAUGUCAUUGAUCAGACUAUCAUGGAAGAGCCCAGUAUGUUGGCUGUCUCUGCAAUGGAAGGCAGCAGGACAACACUGGAUGAGACAGUCAUGCCUCCCCCGUCCACCCCUCGUGGUGUCAAACGCAAGACCCUUGAAAAGGAGAGCACCCUUCCUAUGGCUGCCUUAGAACAGCAGCAGCCGCCACAACAGCUGGCAGACCGCUCAGUCUUGUCUCAGAGACUAGACAUGGCGCAGGUUGAAUUACCCCCAGAGGAGACCACUGUCAACCUCACGCAGCUUGUUCCUGAACUGGACCUCAUUGGAGAGAAGAGCAAAGACAAGAAGGAUGAGAGUGACGAAGAAGAGGAUGAAGAAAGUCAGGCUGGAGACCAGGACCAGGAAGAGAAGCGAUGGAACAAGAGAACCCAACAGAUGCUACAUGGGCUUCAGCGCGUCAUGGCCAAGACAGGAGCAGACUCGGUCAGCCUGCUUGACUUGUGCCGGAACAACAACAAGAAGCAGGCUGCUGCUAAGUUCUACAGUUUCUUGGUCCUCAAGAAACAGCAAGCUAUCGAAGUCACCCAGACAGACCCUUACAGCGACAUCAUCGCCACAGCUGGACCACGAUUCCAUCUUAUUUAGACAUUGGAAGAGGAAAAAAAACUGUCACAGGCAUCUUUUUUUUGAAUGGGCAACUUUUUUUUUUUUUGUCAUCAGAUUUCCCCCCCAAGAGGAAGGGUAGGGUUAGUGGGGAAGGUUUUUGGAGGUUUUAAAAAUGAUUUUACUGUAUUUUAGGUGAAAUCAUGCAGUAUUCACUCAUUUCAAACAGAAGAAUGUUUAACAGUUAUAUUUAUAAAGAAAAAUCUUCGAUCACCAAUUUGUAUGCUUUGAUUCAUUUUCUUUGUGAAAUAUGGUCAUCCGAUAGUUCCCCUCUAACCCUGGAAAUAUUACAUCUUUUUGACAUAAGAAUCCAUUCUUUCCAUGUAAAAUUCUGCUUCAGUUUUGUACAUAUUUUGGAAAGGUACGGUUUUAUUCCUCAAAAGUCUUACCUCUCCAUCUCUGUUGCACUUGUUUCCAUAUAGAGCAAGUAAAUCAGUCAAAAAUGUUCUCCCCUGCAGCCAGAUAUCAUGUUUCAGUUGUGUAAAUCAGGCGUGUCAGUUAAACUCUUUUUGUAUUUUGCAUUUACGCUUGUACACCUUUUUGCAUUAUGUAACUAGAAAAUGUACUCAUUAAAGAUACGUACAUUGUCCUCCUUUUUAGUCUUUGGGUAAUCUUUAGUGAUACAUCUGUAAAGGUUGGAAAUAAAGUGUUUUACGUA